GGCGGGACCCACGGAGGGAGGCGGAGGUGGGUCGGCUAAGACCCCGCACCGGCAGGGGAAGGGAGCUGGGAGACGCAUCCCGGGCUGAGCCGAGGGACCCAGGUCGAUAAGCUCACUGGGAGGUCUGUCAGGGAACAGCCUAGAGCGGCGGGCGGAGGGGAAGGUGUAAAGUCGGGCAUUCACCCCGAACCCAAGAGGAAGAAAGGCUGUGUUGGGUCAAGAGCUCUGCGUGGGCUGGCGAUCUGGAUUUUGAAUGAGGGUGGAAAAGCAAGUUGCAGGUUCCGGUCUGCUCUUCAGCCCCUGUGCCCGGACCUAUGGAUUCUCCGUCUAGCGUUUCUUCUUACUCCUCUUCCUCUCUCUCCCCGUCAUUCUCCACGUCCCCUGUGAACAGUGAUUUUAGCUUUCCCUCUGAUAAGGAGAGGGAGGGCAGGGACGCCCAUGGGCUCAAGUCGGAUGCUGUCCAGCGGAGGGGAGGUUCCCGGCCCAGUCCAGGCCCUAUCCGCUGCAGACAUCGACCCAGAGUUUCUAGUAACCAACACACGGCGUUUCAUCCGGAACAGCGAGGAUCAGGAGUCAAGAGAGCAAGAGACUGUGAAGUGGAGCCCAGUCCAGACACCCGGGCUUGUACCACAGAGGGCGACCUGCUCUUUGCUCAAAAGUGUGAAGAACUCCAAGGGUUCAUACGGCCCCUCACAGACCUGCUGAAUGGACUAAAAAUGGGUCGCUUUGACAGAGGGUUAAGUAGCUUCCAACAGAGCGUGGCCAUGGACCGGAUCCAGCGCAUAGUAGGUGUUCUACGGAAGCCUCGGAUGGGGGAGCGUUAUCUAGGGACCUUGCUGCAAGUGGAAGGGAUGUUAAAGACUUGGUUUCCUCAUAUAGCUGCGCAGAAGACAUCCUUAGGAAGUGGCGGCCAUCAGCCACACAAGCACAUCCCAAGCUCCCACAGCGACUUGCCUGUUUCUUGUCCUCUCGUGGAGAAGAUGGGCCAGACCCAGCUGGGACAUUUAGUUUUGAAACCGAAGGCAUCUUGGCAUCUCACAGAAUGGCCGGCCGUGAACCUCACCUGGAUUCAUAGCACUCCAGUCAGCAACCCUCCCCUCAGUUCCACAGGCUCCGCCGCCACCUCCGACAGCCACAGCCCCACAGGAGCCAGCAUCGGUGUCAUCCUUGUCCUCCAGAAAGGAGGACAGCCCUUCACCCACUCUGCCCCAGGCACUCCAGUCCCACCAACAUCUACACUGUCUCCUGUCAUCCCUGGUGAUCUGAAGAAAGUGUCGCGAGAGGCGCCUCGUUGCCACAGUUUGCCAGUAAUGCUACCAUCUGACUGGAGUCGGUCCCUCUGUCCCUGUGUUGUACCUGUCACAGGCAGAGAGAAGACUAGAGGACACAUGGAGCCCCAGAUGAUCAGUCACUCUCCAGUUGCGCCCGAUCCUUAGCUCUUAACCCA